AUGAGUAAGAACAUAGUGGUGUUUCUAUCACUGGCUUUAUUGCUGUCUUAUGGCCAGUGCUACAUGCUUCAUGGUGAAUUUGAUUACAAAGAGGCUUUAUCCAAGUCUAUUCUCUUUCUGGAGGCCCAACGAUCUGGUAAACUCCCAAAAUCUCAAAGAGUAAAGUGGAGAGGAAAUUCUGGCCUCAAAGAUGGACAAUUGAAUGGGGUUGAUCUAGUUGGAGGUUACUACGAUGCAGGAGAUAAUGUAAAAUAUGGGCUUCCCAUGGCGUUCACUAUCACCACACUGGCUUGGGGGGCAUUGCAUUAUGAGGAACAGUUGAAAGCUGCAGGAGAGAUUCAGAAUGUAAGAGACGCUAUUAAAUGGGGCACUGACUAUUUUCUCAAGGCCAGUGCAACUCCAAAUCAGUUAUGGGUGCAGGUUGGAGAUCCCCAGGCAGAUCAUAAUUGUUGGGAGCGUCCAGAAGAUAUGGACACUCCUCGAACUCUUUACAAGAUUGAUAAAGACACCCCUGGAACAGAAAUUGCCGCAGAAACUGCUGCAGCUUUGGCUGCCUCCUCUAUUGUUUUCAGAGGCACAGACCCUCAUUAUUCACAUCUUCUUCUUCAACGUUCUGAGUCGCUUUUUUCUUUUUCCAACCAAUAUCAAGGUACCUACUCGGGAGAGUGUCCCUUCUACUGUUCUUACUCUGGCUAUAUGGAUGAACUUCUCUGGGCUGCAUCUUGGCUUUACAAAGCUACCAGAUCUGCAAACUAUUCUGACUAUAUAAAAGCACAGAGUUCUCUAAAUGCAUAUGUUACUGAAUUCAGUUGGGAUCUCAAAUAUGCUGGAGCUCAAGUACUUCUCACCACUUUGUAUUUCCAAGGCGAUUCUCAAUUUUCAGGCUACAGAAGCCAUGCCGAAAGUUUCAUCUGUUCACUUCUUCCACAAAGUCCAAUUCGAUCAGUUCAUAGGACACCAGGAGGAUUGAUGUACAUUAGAGAUGGUGCAAAUACUCAAUAUGUUACUAGUGCCUCCCUUUUACUGACAGUUUAUAGUGACUUACUAUAUGCCAAUAACCAAACAAUUUCUUGUGGUAACAUUAAAUUCAAAGAAGUCCAUGUAAUGAAUUUUGUAAAGAUACAGGUAGAUUAUUUAUUAGGAAGGAAUCCUUUGAAUAUAUCAUACAUGGUAGGAUAUAGUAACAAAUAUCCAGGGGAAGCACAUCACAGAGGAGCAUCUAUAGUUUCUAUUCACCAUCACCCACAAAAGAUCUCAUGUGGUGAUGGUUUCAACCAUUGGUUCAAUAGAAAUGCUUCCAAUCCAAAUUUAUUGACAGGAGCAAUAGUGGGAGGACCAGAUAGAAAUGACCACUUUACAGAUAUUAGGUCUCAAUCAAGCAUGCUUGAACCUACAACAUACAUAAACUCUGCUCUUGUUGGUGUUCUUGCCAGACUAUAUUCCAUUACUUGCGAAAAGAAAGGGUUAUGUUGA